UUGCAGGAAGUCUAUAGCGAUCCAUCAAAACAGUGGUGGAUUUCCGACCGUCGAUUUCAGGUACUUAAGCCGUUCUAUAAGUUGCAAAUUGCUGUCGCACUACCUCAGGAUUCUGGCGUCUACCAAUGUCGCCUGGAGACAGAUCCGUUAUUCUCUUUGAAAGCAUCAACAGCAUCUGUAGAACUGUUGGUGAUAGUGGGUCAGUUAACCAGCUAG